GAAUCUUUUAUAGCCGUGGAGCCGACCGUCGUGGUCCCGCUAUAUUUUAACGUCGCGAUCAUGCUUGUUUAUUUAUUUGUUGUAGACCACUAACCACUAACCACAGAAUGGGUGAUUCCAACCAUGUUGCUGAAUCGUGAUUACGACCAAUCAGAGGGCAGGAAGCAAGAAGAGAUAAUGAUAACUGCCGGCAGGACGUGAAUAAUGAAAAUAUAUACAAUAUUGUUUAUCUAUCCAAUAUUAAUUAUUAGUUUGGUUCUGAUUGUUUCAACUUUCGAAGUCGAUCGCGUGAAGCCGUGAAUUAUUCACUAUUAUUUUAAAUUGUAAAAGAACUAUCAAAUAACAUAAAUAAUCAUGGCUACUAUGCCAGUAAAUCCAAAACCAUACCUUAAUGGUCUUAUGGGUAAAACCAUAAUCGUUAAGCUUAAAUGGGGUCAUGAAUAUAAAGGAUUUUUGGUGUCCACUGACAAUUAUAUGAACAUACAACUAGCUAGUGCUACAGAAUUUGUGGAAGGUAGUGAACCAGCUCUAUUGGGUGAAAUUAUGAUUAGGUGUAAUAACGUUCUUUACAUCAGAUCAGUUGAUGAUGAAAAUGAAGAGGCUGAUGCAGAGAUGAAAGAAUGAAUUAGGUAAUAAAAACUCAACCAAAUUUUCAAAAUAAAUUUAAUUUUACUUUAAAAUAUAUAUAUUUAAAAAUAAAAAUUUUUUUGUAUAAACUAUAACAUUAGUAUUAGAUUAUGAAUACAAUUAAAUACUUUUGUUUAAAAUAAGAA